AUGCCGCAAACGUACAAGGACAAGCCAGCCUACAAGAGCUACCGCGCUGGAAAUGAAGCGGGCGAGCGCGACGACGCAAAGAUGCCCGAUCUCAAGAAGGAUGGUAACGACAAGGUUAUCAUCGUCCCCGGAGAGGUUUUUUGUCGCUGGCGCGAUGAGGAAAACGGCCUCUGCUAUCGGAGCGCUGCCUUCUACAGUCCGUCGUCCCUUCGCAAUCAUUACAAAAAGGGUCAUGGUCUGCAAGUGAGCGACCGCGGCGCGGGCAGCAAGAGCGUUGCCUUGCAGCACCAACUCAAUCGAUGGUACUCUCAAGUUGACGCCGGAGCGAAACCAACUUGGGUUCCAGAUGAACUUCAAACCCAGCCGCCUCCUGCUAAUUCCAGCAACAAUACAAGCAACAAUACAGAUGAGAAUGUUGGUGAGAAUGACUUUGGCGGCAGUAGUGAGAAUGAUUCUCAAUCCGAUUCAGACGAUGAUAUUGAGAUCAUUGAAAAGGGUAAAGAAGGUGUAGAAGAGGAUGGGGAGAGAGAUGAAGAGGAAGAUGGAGAUGAUUUUGAGGAGGAUGGAGAGGAAGAUGAAGAUGAUAUGGAAGAGGAUGGAGAGGAGACUGGAGAUGAUAUGGAGGAGGAUGGAGAGGAGACUGGAGAUGAUAUGGAGGAGGAUGGAGAGGAGACUGGAGAUGAUAUGGAGGAGGAUGAAGAGGUUGUGGAGAAGAAUUAG